AUGGAGAGCUUUGGGACGGAGCUCAAGGAGACGCCGUACCCAUUGAUUGUAACGCUUGGCUCGCACGAGGUACAGCAUAAACUACUGCCACAUAUUCGUGCAGCAAAUGAGGAAUUUAUACCCAAGCUACACUUCGUAUCGCUGCCGCGCGAGCACCGUUUUCCUGUGAAGAAAGAGCUGCGCGAGAAGCACGGGACUUUUCAGACACAGCGUGACUUUGAAAGCUAUUCGACACAGGGAAUUCUUAAAGUACGAUGGCUCAAAAAACAGCAGGAGUUGCUACCUGCAGUGGUGUUGCUCUUUGACGAGUUUGAUCCUCGUUGGGAGCCACAAAAGUGGCAGCAGAGGGAGAUGGCGCUCCGGGAUGAGGUGGAGGAGCUGAAACGGGUGUUAUCAGCCAGAGAGUGUCGCGUGAUGCUCAUUUUGAUGCAACAAGUGGAUGAUGUGAGUGAAGCUCCGAUCAAUACAAGUGAAGAGAGGCUGACAAAUUUGAGAAAAAGACUAGAGACAGAUUCAAAGGGACUGAUGCUUAUAAAGUUGAGUGAUCUCGUGCGGGGAUCGAGUGUGGUGGUGAAAUUGGAAUCACUGGUUCGCAACAUGGCGCUUGAGUACUACAAGACGCAAUCGAAGCGCGUGAAAAGGUAUCAGAAAACUCUCGCCAAGGUGCCAGGGUAUCAGGUACUUUGUGCGAGGCUGAGCUUCAAGAUCGCACAUUAUUAUGAGUUUCGACGCUAUACGACCAAAGUGCUGCAGCAUUAUGAAGCCGCUUAUAAUGCCAUUAUCACGCUGCCGCUGAACGAAAACGAAGCUGUCGAUGGGAUUGCUUAUACACAGGUUAUGAGGAUGGCGGAGUGUGUGAACUUUAAACUGUGUUAUCACUUGAUUUUCUCGUCCAACAAUGUCAAGGGUGCAGUAGACCAACUACACCGCCACAUGAAUGUAUACGCACGUGCUAUUAUUGUGGCAGAUCGCGCGUACGAACACUGGGAUUGGGUAUCUCGGCAGUACCAUGUCUUUGCACAAUUGCUGGCCGAGGCUACUUCUAUUCGUGGCUCAUUUUCAAACACUGGGUUGGAGUCAGACGUCUAUAAGGAGCCAUAUUUAUAUUUCUCCAUUGCUGCAAAGUACGCCAUGUUUCGAAGGAAGGCAGCUGUAAAACUUGGUCUCGCAACUGCUACCACUUUGUCUACUGUCACGGCCAAUGAUGAAACCUUAUCGGAACGCGAUUUUGUUGUAGUGCCUUCCAUAUUUGUUGGCGGCGAUCCAGUGGUUUCCGAGGCCAAUGCCGCAUCACAGGGUCCGUCAGUGGCAGCUCUUGUGAAGUACCGUCAUGCCUUGGAAAGGGCUUUUCCCCAUGCCAAGCGGUCUAUUCUUCUCCUAGAGCAUGCAAUUCAGCAUUUAACGAUUUGUGUGGCUGACCACAACGCUCCGCGUAGUCGAUUGAAAUGCCGCUUGCUAGUGCAUAUGGGAACAGAACGACUUGCGCUGGGCGAGUGUGAUCGUGCUCGUGCUGAAUUGCAGAAAGCGAUAGCGAGGUUCGGUAUCGAGAACUGUUCGGCACAAAGUGCUCAGAUUCUGAAGCAGUUGCUCAUAUGCACCUUUUACCAGGGAGAUACUGCUGCUUACUUGGAUUAUUCGCUGCAGCUUUUAUCUCCGGCUGUAGAGGAAUUUGUGUCUUACAAAGAGCGUAGGCGUAUUCAGGACUCUUUCUUAACAGCGUGGAGGGACCCGGCAGCUUUAGGAGCACCAUUUACAGAAAACUCCGCGCUCAUGAACGGGCAUGAAUUAGCACUUGAUCGAUCUCGCCGGGUUUUCGCGGUAACAGCUCGAUUUGAUCGCGUCUCUGCUUGUGUGAAGGGGAAUGUAACGUUGGAGCUGGAACUACGAUCAUAUUUCCCGUCGUCUCUUGUGAUAUCGAAGAUAGAGUUGCUGUUCAAUGACGAACGCUACCGCACAGUACUUUACCAUCGAGCUGAAGUAGAAUUUGGAUCUCUGACUUGCGAUGACGGAAAUCUUUUCACCUCGCUGGAAUUUGUUCACAAAUCAAUCAAGAAAGUCCGCGUUCCGUUGCGUGUGCUGGACGGUCGACAAAUGCUAUCUGUUCAGGAAGUACGGUUUUACUUGGGUAGCGAAAGCCAUGGUGCGAAGAUGGAGAGUGUUGAUGCAGAUGGUAAAAGGCCAGAGGAAAAGUUUUUGAUCUUUCGUCUGCUGGUCGACCACGCGUCUGUAGCGCAACGAGAGAUGCCGCAAUUGUACCUAAUGAAUGGCCGCGUUCCUGCUAUGGGCAAUGGCUCUGCAUCUCCAAGCUUUUCCAGGAGAAAGUCAAUGUUUUUACCCGUUGAGGGAUCUCGACCUGCCCACGCUGAUGUUAGUGAACCCAUUCAGGAUAAUGGUAUUGCAUAUCUUCAAGGUUCAUCAUUGAUCGUUCUGCAGCCUCGCGCGAAGGCUACUCUGUCUAUGCUUUCCCAUGAACCACUGUUGACGGGAGAUUUUCGUGAACUUGCUUUUCAGUUGGCAGCAAAUGAAGACACUUUGGAGAAUGUAACAUUUCGAAUCGUUUGUGAUCCUCCACCGGCAUCAUUUGCUCCUGGUGAUGCAUUCUUUUUCACUGAGCAAUCGGGCGUUUUGACUCCAGUGCCGCUGGAUACUAAUCUACAACCGCAACAUUUGAUCUCUCUUCCGAAUAAAAACCCACAAACGGAAGAAAGUUUCCGCGUUAUCGUUCGUUCGACCAGGGCGACACCUGUGACAUUAGUCGCGGCAGUGUCAUACACCACAAAGACAGGCGUGGCUGUAGGCUUUGAUGAACGGUUUAAUUUGGUGUGCCAUAACCCGUUUGCGAUUCAAGGAAGUUUCAUUCACGACUAUUUAAGUGGAGGCGGUGUGUCUGAUGCUGCUCAAAGGCCGACAGGUUCGUACGGUUGUGUGGGAAGCUCGGUCAACUACCGAGGGAGCAUUACAUGCACGUCAGGAGAGGCAUUACAUGUGCUUGCAUUGGAGUUUAAACCGCGCGAGACGAACAUGGUAAAAGACUUGGCGAUCUCAGGAUUUGGAUUAAAACCGACCGACUCUGAGAACAGUAACAGUGAAGACGUUUGUGCAACAUUCAAUGACGGCGACUCGCAGAGUUUCUGUCUGCGAUUGGUACCGAAAGUGGCGUCACCCUUUGUCACACUUGGUCGGGUAGAAAUUAUUUGGCGGCGUAAGUCUUCAUCAAGAAUGGGCGUUCCCCAUGAUGAGUCUCGCAACGAUGUAGUGAGAACGUGGUUGGAAAUUCCGUUGGUGUCGUUCGUGGCUGCCCCUCUCACCUUUAGUGUGGAGACGCCACCGUUUGGCGUCGAGGGGGUCCUUUUCUCCAUGGACGUUCAAGUAAAGAACAAUGAAGCUGUCUUUCACAGCUUGCGGAUCAAGCCAGUGGAUACAGAGGGGACGUUUUUCAUUUCCGGUUGCACAAAUGCUACGAAAGACUUGCUUCCUUUUGACGAACAAGUGUUCCGGCUGGGUUUAGUACCAACAAAGACAGGUUAUCUACGGCUGCCCUGUUUAGAGAUCAUGUCAUUGACCUAUAACGUCCCCUUUAGCAACCCAGAUGAACGCCACGAGUUGUUUGUCCUUCCCCAAGAAUGUCCUGAUUGGUUUCCAGAACGUGCGAAAUGA